GUUAGCUGUCAUCAUUAAUAUAUUUUUAACUAACCUAACUUUGCAACUUUGCGUGACUGUUGUCAUUUGAUUGUAUUUGUGAGGAUAAAAACUCUCGGCAGAUUUCAAAAAAUGCAUAAUGGAUUUAGCUUCAUCUUUCAACAAACUUUCCGUUGACGACUUUCCAGGGAAAGUACACGUCUUCGCAGCUCUCGUUGGAGACCACCACACCGAAUUCAUCCUGGUUAAUUUCUCUAAUGCCAUACAUUUGUUCAUCACACAAUACUAUAAAAUCGGAAAUAUCUAUCAAGUUAAAGUAGAUCUACCCGAGAACGGAAUUUCAAUCGCUGAACCCGUCUACAAUAUCAAGCAACUUUUGGGUGCCGAAAACAUUGCAGCUGAGGUAGCACUCAGAUACCUGACAGAAAAGCUGAAGAUCAGGAAAAAACUGCUAGCAUCACUGACUCUCAAGAACUUUGAUAAAGAAAACAUUGACACUAUUGUAGAGGUUAUAGUGGAGUACAAGAAAAAUGGCUCUGGUCAAGAGGGUACGAAAAGCUGAGAGCUAUUUUGGGCAGGUUGUAAUAGGGCCACCAGGAUCUGGCAAAACGACCUAUUGUGGUAAAGUUUAUAAAUUUUAUAAAGACAAGCUAAAUCGGAAAGUGGAGGUGGUUAACUUAGAUCCAGCAAAUGAGAACAUGAACUAUUCACCUAAAAUUGAUAUAAUGCAACUGGUAACAGUUGAAGAUGUUAUGAAAAAUUUAAAUCUAGGGCCUAAUGGGGCUCUAAUGUACUGCAUGGAGUAUUUGGAAGAAAAUUUUGAUUGGCUGCUAAAUCAACUGGUUGAAAUCAAGGACAGCUACUUAAUCUUCGACAUGCCUGGUCAGGUAGAGCUAUAUACCCAUCACGGCUCGAUCAAAAAGAUAUUUCAGAAGUUGGAGAAAUUGGGAUAUCAUCUUUGUGCUGUGCACAUGGUGGAUUCUCAUUAUUGCUCUGAUCCACCCAAGUUUAUAUCAACCUUAUUGUUAUCACUUUCUACCAUGAUGCAAAUAGCUCUACCACAUGUCAAUGUCUUAAGUAAGGCUGAUUUGUUGAAGAAAAAUGCAUCAAAGUUAGACUUCAAUGUGGAUUUUUAUACUGAUGUUUUGGAUUUGAAUUAUCUUUUAGACCUUCUGGAUGAGGGGCCAUUUACUAAUAAGUAUAAAAAACUCAAUGCUGCAAUUAUAGAGCUAAUACAAGACUACAGUUUGGUAUGCUUUGUACCAUUAGAUGUCAAUUCUGACAAAAGUUUGUUGGAUUUGAAGUCUGCUAUAGAUAAGGUAAGAAAACUAAAUAUCCGACAUUUUUUUAGUUUGCAAUCAUGUGAUGUGCAUUGUUAUUUUCUAGCUUUUAAGGCUCAAUUCCUUAAGCCCUGUUUUUACAUCAGCCUGUUCAGAGUAUUCUUAACACUUUGGGUCUAAUUGUUUCAUGGUUUGUAUAGAGAUGACUGAAAAACAAUGUUUUCAGUUUCUUUUUUUGUCAAAAAAUGCAUUUUCGUGCAUUUUUUCUUCAAUCAUAACUUGUUAACAAAUAAUGAUCCUGCUCUCAAUUUGUGUAUGGAUAUUCCACUUUAAAGGUGGUUACUUCUUUCUUAAAAAAAUAAUUGCUUUUCUUGAAAACUCAUAGGUGAUCAGAAUAGAAGCAGUUACCUGCUCAAUCCUCCCAUAGAAGUGGUAUUCCAACUUAUAAUUUCAGCUGUACUAUUUGUUAAGAAGCUAAGUUUGAAAAAAAAAUUACAUUAUAAUGCACAAAAUAUGCAUUUUUUGCCAAGAAUUAAUUGACACCACUGAUUUUUAGUCAUAUGUAUACACAACAUGAAAUAGUCACAUGGAGAGGAUUUAGAAUACCGCUCCACUCAGUUGAAAAAAAGGGGUGUAGACCUUAACAGCCUUUCUGAUUUAACACCGUUAAAUGAUACUGACUUAUUUUUAGGCAAAUGGGUAUAUUUACGGAAGUGGAGAAGAAAGAAGUAUUCAAGCAUUAUUGUCUUGUGCUGUUGGAGCUCGCA